ACGGAGUAGUCUUUUCACUCUUUCCGUUUGUCUUUUAAUUUGAACGGAGAAAAAAGUAGAGUGAAAAUUGCGACCGUGCAACGUCCGUUCACGUCACUGUUUCUACCGCCUAUCGGGGUGCGGCUAAGGCCUUCCAUGUUAUUUUGUCUUUGUCGCACGGUUGCUUAUCAUCAUGACUGACAACUUCUCACAUGGGAAACAAACCGGUGAAGCAACAAGAAGUACAAAGGGAAGAAAUCUUCUUGAAGAUAGUGCCUCCUUUGGACCAAGCCUAUGUUAGGUGGCUUGCUCGGGAUCUCGAGAGGAUUCAUGGCUUCACUCCAAGAAAUCCCCGCGCCGUGAAGCCUCCAGAUCACUAUAUAGAGUUCAUGCGCUUGAAUGGAUGGUUGGAUGUGAGUUUAGAUGACCCAGAUCUCGCACAUUUAUUCAAAUAGUGAUUGAUCUGACGCUAAUUGAAAGUGUAGGAGAAUGAAGUAUAUCCUCUAUCGUCUGGUAGUGGUUGUUAAAAGACUCUUCUGUACUUUGAAGGUAAUUCUGUCCAUUUGAAACUACUGAUAAAGUGGAUUUAUGGAAUAAAAUUGUGUAGUACAUAAAAUGUCAUUGUCACGUCA